AUGAGAAAGAAGAGAGCAUUAAAUGAAUUCGAAUUUGUAGAGAAAAAGGAUAAUGGAAAAGCUUAAGAAGAACUAGGAAAAGGAGCAUUUGGAAGAGUACGUUUAGCAAUUGAUAAGUUGACUGAUACAAAGGUAGCAAUCAAAACGGUAUUUAAAUGAGAAUUUAUAAACCUAGAUUCCCAAAAAAAUACUUAAAGAAAAUGCAUAAGCUGAAAAUAUUAAGAGAGAGAUAAAGUUGCAUAGGAAAUUAGAUCAUCCACAUAUUGUAAAAUUGUAUCACUCCCUUGAAGAUGAUACAAAUGUUUAUCUUGUGUUAGAAUACGUGCCAAUGGGAAACUUGUUUGUUUAUUUAAGAAAGCGUAAAACUCUGGAAGAAUAAGAAGCAUUCGUUUAUUUCUUACAGACUGCAUUAGCUAUAGAUUAUUUGCAUAAAAAGGGUAUAAUACAUAGAGACUUGAAACCAGAAAAUAUUUUAUUGGAUGCAUAAGGUAAUAUUAAAAUUUGUGAUUUUGGAUGGUCAGCAGAACUACAACCAGAAAGGAAAACAUUUUGUGGAACAUUGGAUUACAUGUGUCCAGAAAUGCUAAACAGUUAGAAUCAUGAUCAUAGAGUAGAUAUAUGGGCUAUGGGAGUUCUAUUAUUUGAAAUGUUACAUGGUCAUGCACCAUAUAAUAAAAAUAGAUCAUCACAGGAAGUUGUUAUAUAAGCUAUAUUGAAUGCAGCUAAUACUAAAAUACCUUUUAAUGAUAAAAUUUCAAAUGAUGCUAAAGAUUUAAUUUAAUCAUUAUUAAAAGUUAAUCCUAAAGAUAGAUUGUCUAUGGAAGAGAUUUUCAAUCAAAAAUGGGUUAAAGCUAAUGCAAGAACAUUAUAAAUAAAUAUACCUGAAUUUGUAUAUGAGAAAGGAGUAAAUGAAACUGUUUAAUCUAUCUAAGAUAUUUCUAUUGAUUUUAUUAAUCUUACACAAACAUCUAAUAAUUAUUAAUCUUAGAAAAUUACAUAAACCUAAUAAACAUUAUAAUAAAAAUAGGAUAAUUCAAAUUUUUAUUCUUAAAAAUUGCCAUCAUCUUCACCAUCAUUAAAUAAUUCAACUUAUUAAUAAUAAUAAUAAUAUUAAUAAUAAUAAUAUUAAUAAUAAUAAUAAUCUACUACUCCAAAUAAAAAACCAUCAUUUGAUUAACUUUUUUAAUCAACACAUAAUAAUAAUAAUAUUUAAUUACCUUAAUAUGAAUCAAAUUCUAAAUCUCCUACUAGAUUAACACCAGAAUAAUAAAGAUAAAAAAAUGAAUUACUAGGCAUAAAUUCUAUAGAGAAAUCUAAAUAAAUGGAAUAAUCUAAUAGAAUAAAUUAUUAAAUGUAACAAAGUUAAGAUAUGUAAAAAUCUUAGAUCAGAGAUCAAUCACCAAAUUAAUCUAUGAUGAAUUCUAAUUAUUAAGGAAUCUCACCACAUAAAAAUGAUGUAAGUCCAAAUAGCAGAAAACCUAUCUUUAGUGAUAAAAUGGCUUAAUCUCAAAUGAUUAUUAAUAAAUAUACUUAACAAUCAAACAACUAAUCAGGAAUGUUUAAAAGUCAAGAUAUUGCUAACUAGCAAUCCUAAUAAUCAGAUGAAUUUACAAAAUAUAUGUAAUAAGAAUAAGAAAGAAAAAGAAAAGAAGAAGAAUUUAGAAAAUAAUAAUUAGCAGAUUUAUAAAAAAGAGAGGAAUAAAGACUAUUAGAUGAAUAAAGAUAAAGAGAAGAAAGGUAAAAACAGGAAGAACUAGAAAGAACAAGGAAAUAAAGAGAAUAAGAAUUAGAAAAUUAAAGAAAAAUUAAAGAAUUUGAGGAAGAAUAGAAACGUUUAAGAGAAUUGGAAAAAUUAAGAAAAUAAAGAGAAUAAGAAGAAAUAUUAUAGAAGUAAAGAGAGCAAGAGUUAGAAAAAUAAAGAAGGGAUUAAGGUUUAGAGUAAAUAAGAAGGGAAAAGGAAGAAUAAGAAAAAUUAAGAAGGGAAUAAUUGAGAAGAGAAUAGGAAGACAGAGAACGUAAAAUUAGAGAAUAGGAGGAAUAAAGAAGAAGGGAAGAAUAAGGAAAGAGAGAAUAAGAAAAAUGGGAAUAAGAAUAGAGAGAAAGAUUGAGAAAAGAGAAGGAAGAAUAAGAUAAAAGGAGAUUAUAUGAAGAGUAAUAAUAAGAAAGGUUAAAAUAAUAAGAGAGAUAAAAAUAGCAAUAUGAGGAAUAACUUCGAUUAUAGAAAUAAUAAGAAUAGGAUAGAAAAUUACGAGAAUAUGAGGAAUAAAAAAAAUAAUUAAAUAGAUCUAAUUCUAGAAAUGUUAGAAGUUAAGAAACAGAGGAAGAUAGAUAAGCUAGGAAAUUAAAAGAACUUGAACAAAAAGCAAGGUAAGAGUAUUAAUAGCAUUUAAUAAAUCAAAGUACUAGUAGUUAUGCUAGUAAAUAAAUGACUGAAAGUAAGUAAUAAAGAAGAUAAAUAUCUGAUGAUGACCUUUUUGUUGCUAAUAAUAAUAAUUCAUACAUCCCAUAAAAAUAGAAGAAUGAUAUGAAUUAAGAAGAAUUUGAAUUAGAAUAGAAACUACAUAAUAUGUUAGUUUAAAAUCUUUAAUUGGAAUUACCACCAAUUACAAAGACAAUGAAACCUGAUGAUAAUAGCAAUCUUGAUUGGGAUAUAAGUGUAAUUGAAUAAUAAUAGAAACAAGCUCCAUUAAUUGAAUAAUAUGAAAAUAUGCAAUAAAUUUAAGUUUAGACUUAAUAAAAUAAUAAAUCUGUAUCACCUAAUGCUAGAUAAACAAGAUUUACUCCAAGAGUUACUAAAAUGGAGGAAAGGCCAACUCAUAUAAAUAAUAUGUUAGAUGAUUAAUUGGAUGAAUGGGAUCUAAGUGAGGAUCCUUAAAUAAAAUUACUCAAUUAAUUGAUGGGGUAACCAGAGAGAGAAAAAAAGUAAAAACCAAAGUAAAAUGUUAAUUCAAGCAUUAAUAAUGGAUAUUCAUCUUAAUCUUAAUAGUAAAUUUCUGUAUCCACUUAACCUACAAAUAAAUUUAGUUUUGGAGAAAAUAAAGCAAAAUAAAAUUUAAAGCCUGAAACAGUUGAAAAUGUAGAAGAAAGCUUUAGACAAGAUAGAUCAAUGAGAAUGAACACUUCAAGAGAUAGAAGUAGGAAUAAGAUACCUGCUAAAUCUAACCCAAAAUAUAAGUAAAUCUAAUAACAAUAAGAACCAGUUGAAGAAUAAUAUGAUGAAGAUUAAUUAGAAGAUUUAAAGAGAUCAAAAUCAUCUAAUUAAGAAAACACUUAUGAUUAAAAAUUAAAACAAUUUAAGAAAUAUGACUACGAUCCAUAUUCUGUUAAUUACAAUAAUUAAACUUAAGAAUAGUAUAUAGAAACAUAAUAUAAUAUAGAUACAAACCAAGAAAGAGUAGAAUAAGUGAAAGACAGAAUAGAACUAUUCCUUAGAGAUCAUCACAAGAAAUGGAUUUUUUUGAUAGACUAAAAUUUGCCUUUGGAUGUUUAUCUAAAAGACAAUGA